AUGCCCUUCAUUGCCAUGGCUCUACUUUGGACAGCAUCGCAGAUACCGCUGUAUCUCUUCGCGGGGAUUUCUCCCAUAAUCUAUGGCGACAUCGGCGGCGUGGACAAAUGGAUCUGGUUCGUCACUGGAAACCUGCUUGGUUCCGCGGCCAUCUGUCCGUUCAGUGGUGCCCUCUCGGACCUGCUCGGUCGUCGAUAUGUGGCACUUGGAGGCGUCACUUGUGUCUUGGCUGGUCAGGUCAUCUGCUCACUGGCGAUGAACAUGGAUGUCUUCAUUGCCGGUAUGACCAUUUCCGGAAUAGGAGCUGGGAUCAACGAGCUCACUGCUCUCGCCGCCACAGCUGAGAUGGCCCCAACCUCAAAGCGUGGUUUCUACGUUGCCUGCCUCAUUCUGACAGUCCUGCCCUUCUGCGCCUCCGUCUUGUGGGCACAGCUCAUCGCGCACUAUGCUCACUGGCGAUUUGUCGGUCUGGUCACCUCAGUCUGGUCAUUGCUGGCUCUUUCGUGCUUGGCUUGGUUCUAUUUUCCACCUCCGCGCAUCAACUCCGACGGUCUUUCCAGGGUUCAGAUACUGCGUCGAAUAGACUAUAUUGGGGGAGCACUGUCCAUUGUUGGAAUUGUUCUUCUGACGUGUGGUUUGCUCUUCGGCGGCUAUCAGUAUUCAUGGUCCAGCGCGCACACGCUCGUUCCUCUGGUCUUGGGCAUCAUAACCCUUGCUCUCUUCAUCAUCUGGGAGACCCGACUGGCACCGUUCCCUAUGUUCCCACGACGCCUCGGCCAGGCGAAGCGCAACUUCACACUUACUCUCAUCAUCACCUUCAUCUCGGGCGCCAACUUCUUCGCCGUCCUCAUGAUAUGGCCUCCCCAGGCUCACAACAUGUACGGGCACGACCCGGUCGGCGUGGGCAUCCGCGGGAUGCCGUUCGCCUGCGCCGUGCUCGGGGGUGCCGUAGGCUCUCUUUUCCUCAUGUCGUACCUCCGCCGCUGGCGCCACUGCACAAAAUACCUCCUUGCCGGCUCGUCGUGCCUAAUGACCGCGGGCUGCGGCGCGCUCGCAGCAGCCCGGCUUGACAACAUAUCUGCCGUCUACGGCAUCCUCUUCCUCGCCGGCCUGGGCGUCGGCGGCAUCGUGAUCCCGGCGUCCCUGCUCUCGACGAUCAUAUGCCCAGACGACCUGAUCGCCACGGUCUCGGCGCUGACGCUCGCGGUCCGCGUGAUCGGCGGGACGCUCGGCUUCGCGGUGUACUACAACGUCUUUGCGGCGAAGCUGGGCGCCAACAUGGCGCGCAUGCUGGUCCCCGCGUGCGCAGAGCUCGGCAUCACCGCGCCAGAGACGGUGGGACGGAUCGUGGCGCUCACGGCGGGCAGCCUGACCGACAAGAUCCUCGACGACGUCCUGCACGGCGACGUCGAGGCCUGGCGGGCGGUCGUGCUCGCCGGCCAGAGGGCGUUCGAGGCUAGCUAUCCCUGGGUGUACUAUGCUAGCAUCCCGUUCGGCGUGGUGUCGAUCAUUGCGAGCCUUUUUGUGACGGACACCUCGGGUUAUAUGGACGACCACGUGGCUGUUGUCAUGUAA